AUGGACACCUCUGCGAGUAUCCGCUGCGAGUACGAGCAUUGGUGGAGGAGGAGAAGAAUGCCGGCUAGCAACAAACACCGCCAGGUUGACCAAAGCACCCUAUCGCUACCUGUUCCCUCAUUCCCGCCCGCGUUGGACUUUGAUCCAGACCAGUUUUUGCUGCCACCCUCCUACGAAGAAGUCAUUGAUCUCGAGAAAGCCCUCCAUCUCGUCCCUUCUCGACGCUGUACCAGCAACGAUGCAUCAACUCUCGGCCCUUCUGCGACUUCCCCAGACGCUUCUCGAAGCACUGCCAGGACACAGCAAGCACAAGCACCCUCCCCACCUAACAGAUGCAUACGAAUUGUCCGUCAUCUCCGGUAUAGCCUCUUCACCGUCUAUCGACGUCUCUUUACCCUCGUCUUUCUGCUCAACCUCGUUGGCCUCAUCAUCCUACUCCAACAUCACUCCUACAACCCCUACAACAUCAUCCACCUCGACACUCUCGCAACUUUCGCAUCAUCCAACUUCCUUCUCGCACUUUUCAUACGACAGGACUGCGUCGUUAAUCUACUUUUCCGAACUGCGUGGUUGGUCCCGUGGUUUCUACCGCUGAGCAUCAGGACCAUCAUGUCGAGAGUGUAUUGCUAUGGCGGCAUUCACAGUGGUGCGGCAGUCGCGGGGACCCUGUGGUGGCUCAUCUUUACUGGAGUCUUGAGCUGGACUUCCAUGAAAGAAACCUCGCUUACCUUUCCCGUCAUCGUCAUCACAUGGAUGAUACUACUUCUUUUGAUAUCAAUCCUGAUGCUGGCUUUUCCGAUUAUACGCGCCAAAUACCAUGACACGUUCGAGCUGACGCACCGUUUCCUGGGCUGGACCUCUAUCGGCCUGUUUUGGGCCCAGCUUCUCCUCCUCGCACACAACAAGUCGGCACAUUCGGAACCUUCUCAAACCAUAGGAGCUUGUCUUCUUCGCACGCCGACCUUCUGGAACCUCUCCAUCAUGACUCUCCUCAUCAUCUACCCCUGGCUUCGCCUCCGCCGCUGGACUUUUACCGCGCACCCACUCUCCUCGCAUGCCCUCCAGCUCUCCUUUCCAAACCAAGUAUAUAAAUUCUCUUGUCUGAGCAUUUCUUCUUCUCCACUUCGCGAGUGGCACCCUUUCGCUACAUUUCCUUCUACCGACCCAAACGAGCUAGGUGCUAGCAUGGUCAUCUCCGACGCUGGAGACUGGACGAAGAACAUCAUUCAACACGCCCAAAUGCGAAACACGGUGCAAAACGCCAUUACGAAAAGCCAAUUGGGAAGCGAGAAGGACUUGCAAACAGAAGCCGGUGUGGAAAUGAGAUUCUGGGUCAAGAGCCAUCCAAAGGCAGGCGUCCUCUCCCUCUCUUGUCUAUUCCCCCGCGUCCUAAUCGUGACAACGGGGUCUGGCAUCGGUCCCAGCCUCUCGUCUCUCCUAGACCGUCCUCCAACGCAGUUCGCACGUCUUGUCUGGAGUACCCGCUCCCCACAAGCCACCUUCGGCCCUAAAAUCCUCUCCCUCGUCCACAAGGCGGACUCUGAUGCCCUCAUCAUCGACACAUCUGAGAUGGGGCGACCGAAUUUGCUAGAGGUGGCAUGGGGAAUGGCCAAAGAGAUACAGGCCGAGGCAGUGUUUGUGCUAAGUAAUGAUGUUGUCACGAAAGCAGUGGUGGGAGGUUUGGAGAGGAGGGGGCUGAGGGCCUUUGGUCCGAUAUGGGACAGUUAG